GUAAAUACUGGGGCGUGGGAGCGGUGAACACGGGGACGUGGAGGGUUUUGUUUGAGAAGGUGAUACAUCCCUCAAUAUGGCGGAGGCAGACUGGGAGCUGAGUAAGGAGAAUGUUCAGCCUUUGAAGCAAGGCAGAGAUGUGGGCACACUGAAAGAUGUACUUGCACAGCAUGAAGGCCAAAGUCAGAUCAGUAUUAAGGAUCAGUUUUGGGCCUUUGAGACAGAAAUCCGUUCUAAUGCUGGGAACGACCCUCUAGAUGUUUGGGAUAGGUACCUUAAAUGGACAGAACAGGUGUAUCCACAUGGUGGAACAGAUAGUAAUCUCUCAGCAUUGUUGGAGAGAAGCGUAAGAACCUUCCUAAAGAAUGACCAAUACUACAGUGAUCUACGGUACCUUUGUCACUGGCUAAAGUUUAUUGAUUACUGUACUGAUCCACUGGAAGUCUUUGAUUUCUUGAAAAGCAAAGGAAUCGGUGUCACACAUGCCGUUCUUUAUAUUUCCUGGGCUGAACAAUACGAGCUUCUAGGAAACAAUAGAAAGGCAGAGGCUGCCUUGCAAGAAGGGAUUCGACUCCAGGCUGAACCCCGUGAAAAAUUGCAGCACCAUCUUAGAUCUUUUCAAUCGCGAAUAUGUAGGCAAGUUGUGGCUGCCAUAAAUGAAGGAGGAUCAAAUGAAGUAUUAGAUCCUGAGCCUGUUCAAUCGCAAAGAAGAACUCUUGGAGAACUAAAACGCAGUGGACGAAAAAAAGUCUUGGCACCAGUCAACAGGAUUGGAAGUUCUAUGAUAUCACAAAGGCAAGGGUUUGGGCAGCAUGUGGUUUCCAGUCAAGAUCAGAAUGGCACAUUUGAUGUAUUCAAUGAAAACCAAUUGAGCAACCAGCCUUCAGACCAUCCAAGGUUAACAGACGGACAAUGGUCCACACUUCCUGCAACUUCUGCAAAGGAGAAUGAAAUCAAACCAGGACAGUGGAAUUCUUUGGGGAUGCCUCGACGUUCCAACACGCCUUCAGUUCCCUUUUCUGCGCUUUUGUCAGCCAGCAAACCUGACUUCAAGCUUUUUGAGGAGGAAUCUGCUCAUGUGGAACCAAUGACUCCUUGUAAGAUUGAGCCCUUGUUCACUCCAGUGUUGAGUGCACGGAAACCCAGCAGAGAGGCAAAUCCAUUAUCCAGAGUUCAGAUAGAAAACUGCAAAGAAGAAAAGGUGGUAUCUAUGUAUUCAAAAGACCAGGUCUAUGGUGGAUUACGCGAGUUUUCUUUUGAAGAGCUGAGGGCAGAAGAUAUCAAAAAGAAAUAUAAAUCUGUUGAUAAAGAACAGGAGCAAAAGUUGUUGAAGUUAAAAAAGGAAAAAGAGGAGAUUGAACAAUUAAUCCAUAUCAAUAUGAAGAGGAUAAAGGAACAUCAAGAGCGUCUCCAACUUGAAGCCCAACAGAACAAGUCUGACGUUCAAACCCAGGUGCCCAUGAAUGUAUCUGUUUUGGCAGCUCAACCUCAAUCCGACACAGAUACAAAUGUUUUCACUGAAGAUUCCUGCACUGCAAGCCUCGAUCUUCAGAACCAAGUAGCUGGUAAUGUAACAAAUUCAGUGGAUUUUGGCACACUGCACAACAUAUCAGAAAUGAAAGCUGAAGAUUCUUGCAAAGAUGGGUUAAAUCAAGCUGAGAUGAGAAAGAAAAAUCUGAAUCUUUCAAAUUGUACAGAUGGGGGCCACAUGGAAAGUGGUGAACCAAAUGCUUUGGAGGUACAGAAUUUGUCGGCUAAUUAUAGUUUACUACAUGUACAGCCAUCCCCGACCGUCUGCACCAAGGAAGCUCUAGAUGUCAUAAACGGUAUGUUCUGCACACCAGUUAAUUGCUCGCAAUGGAAUGAUAUAAAUGAGUCCGGGAAUUUGGGUGCUGUGUCUGGUGUCUGUAGCGAUGACCAGGCAUUUGAAGUUCAGUUUAUGAAAAAUGCUGACAAACAUGAUCCAAGCUUGGUUCCAAAGCAGAUUCCUUCAUUCUUUGGGUUGCCAACAUUACCGUUCAAUAUUUUUAAUGACAUUUCAGAUGUUGAAGACCAGGAGAACAAGCCACCUGCUGAUUACUUGAAGUCCAAACCUCGAUGGCCACUUUCAGGAAUCCUUGUGCCUUCCAAGGACAUUCCAACUGAGGAAACCUGUGUUGCUGAAGUCGAUGAUUUGGAUGUUAUGGAACCCUUAACUGAUCAUUUUGAGAGCAACGAUUAUCCAAACAAAACACUAGGCCCAUUUCCUGAAAAUGCCUGUGACUUCUCAAGAGGAGCACAUCUGGUCUCUACUCCUUUUCAUCAAGAUCCUCUGAAUGGAGACGCGUCAAUCAAAUGGAUCUCUGAAUCUUCUCGGACUAAUCUAAAUUCACUGUCACUCUUCAAGGAAUCUAUGUAUGACCAGCCCCUGCAUAAGAAAAAACUGAGUCCAAUUCAAGAGGCAAGCGAAGAUGGUCUAUCUUCUGCGACCACCACCUCUUCAGGUUCCACCACUUCAGUGGGUGCACUUUGUGCGAUGAGUGAUUUGAAUAUCUUUGAAAAAUCUGAGCCAGGCCAAUUGAAUUCUUCUGAGGUCUUCUACGUGAAUUCCAUCUCUGAUUAUCCUUGGGAUAUAGAAGUGCGGAAUCAGCUUUUAUUGUCCCUUCCUACACCAUUAAGUUCAUUCCAAGACUUCUAUGUUCAGAAUGGCUCUCUACCUGUUCUUGAAGAUGAUAGUGAGCUGAUUCUGGGUUCACAAACUUUUAAUAUUAAGCAAGCAGCUGAGCAUGAACAGUGCCGGAUAUUCUAUGGAAUGGAUGCAAGCCUGACCUUCUCUAAAGCUAUUAUAAAGGUAAACCCUUACAGACUGCCCUGGGACUUCUACAUCAAUCAACAGCUCAAAAUGCGUCUCGGCUCCCAGUUUAAUAAAUAUUUUGGUCAUAAUCAGUGUUGCUACUUGUUUGACAAUUGUUGUGUGACUGUGGAUCAGGACAAGGGCAGCAGAACAAUAAAGGAUAUAUCUCAGAUUUGGGAAUCUGUACCAGAACCACUUGUUAUGCUUUUAACACUUGAUCUACUGGCGCUAGUGGAACAGAUGCACUCGGCUGAAAUAGUUCAUGGAUGCAUAGCACCAGAAACACUCUUUCUGUACACCUGCCAUAAUAAUACCUCCAUAUGGCCCAACGACAACAGUUUAGUAAAGCUCAUGGACUUCACACACAGUGUGGACUUGAGGCUGCAGUCAGACGUUGCCACCUUUACAGGAUUUCCGACAGUUCAUUCAUUGCCCAAUAGGGAGCUUGCUUUGGAGUGCACCAGUGCCUAUCAGGUUGAUCUCCUUGGGAUUGCAGACACGAUGCAUUUUCUGCUUUUUGGAGAGCAUCUAGAUGUUUACAAGGAGGAUUCAUUGUGGAUUCUCAGCCCCACAUCUUACAGAAUGGAACUGCUGUACAUGGAGGUAUGGAGUUGUUUCUUUGAAAAGAUUCUAAAUGCAGGAAAUGCAUCUUCAAUGUCGAUCCUGAAGGAAUUGCAACAGAUUAUGAGGGAAGCCAUUGAGGACUGAUACAUUCAUACAGAACCUGAUGUCAAGUGAAUGAGGCAUAUUUUAAAAUAAAUUCAGGAUCCUGUUAUUUUCCAUUUUAAUACUGAAUAAAUGUCUUGUGUAAAUUUGUUUAAUAAAUAAGCUUACUUUUU